AUGGCGGCGAGUUCGGUCGAAAAUAACGUCACAGCACCUAACAAAGGCAUACUUGAUUUUGACAAAGAGACCAUACUAGGUAAGAAAUUCCUACAUUUUUGGAUCGGUAAUCUCUCUUUUAACUGCAUACUUCAUUGUUUUCCUUUAGAUAAAGGCAUGAGCAUCUUUGGUUAAGGGUUUAAAAGGUUAUGUGUUUUUACAGUAUUAAACUGCUAACACACAUUCUAACCCGUCCUACGCUAGCCUGCGAGCAAGCCGUCCUAUUUAGGGCGAGUGAAACGAGUCUCGCGAGAACGCGCGAGCGAGCGGAGAAGUCGCGAGGGGCUUGCUCGCAGGCUAGGCCUCCGCAAAUGGCCACGUCCAUACAAUGGCUAUCUCUUCGAAACAGAGGAGAAAAAAAGAAGAAAACACUUAAAACAGACUUUACAAGAACUGAACAUGACCUAAUAGAAAUGCCAUAUCUUGCCAUGGCUCAAACGCCACUUGGCUCUCAUAGCAGACUAAACCUAACUCAAGUCAUCUUUGUUUAGCAAUAGCAGAAGUGUACUUUCAAGAAGGCAACAAGGAAUACCGGAAAGGAGAACUCACGAAUGCCAUAUACUUCUACACUGAGGGAAUUAACGUGAGCUGCGAAGAUGACGAACUUGAUGCAAAGCUCUACAGCAACAGAGCAGCAGCUCAUUUUAGUUUGGGUGAGUUCAUGUGCGCAGUUCAUGCUAAAAAUUGUAACUACGUCGGGAAAUCUCUACGGGUAUUUGCAAAAUGACAAGUUGAAGGCAAGCCGCUGUAAAAUACCACACAGAUCUGACGCGAAUGUUUUUCGGAGCCUGGUGAGAUGAAAUAUACCUAUUCUUAAAGUUCAUUUUAAUACUUCCUUGUCAGUUCUAGCAUUUUUGACCAACUAAAUUGAAGGAAAGUUGUAUGUUAAUGAGAACAAUGUUUUACCCAACUUACAGACACUCGUUAAAUAUAUAUUUUCUCUUCUUUCAUGUUUUCCUCAUACAUUAUCAAUCAAUUUUACAGUUGCUAAGUUAUGGGAUUUUGAAAAGGUUAUUAACAUACGCGAAGAAAUUUAAUGAGACGGACCUGAAAUAUUUGAUGUGUGACGAACCACGAAACCAAAAAAAAAUUGAUGAAACCGUCAUAAGAAUGGAUGAAAAGAGAAAAACUGCAGACAAGUGCCAAUCAAAAGAACUUUGAUUGUCUGAGUUACUUUGUCGUGAAUGAACCGCCUGGCAGCAAGAGAGUGAAACCGAAGCAAACUUGGAAACAAAAAUUUAACUUAAAACAACAACAACAACAGCAAUAACAACGCUAAGCACACUAGAACUGAAAAUUUGUAAAUUUAAACCAUCUAAUCGAUGUCAAAAAAGAAUGUUAUUGAGGACGAUUUAGCUUGGGUCACUGCUUAUGGAAUCCUCAAACCGAACUAGCCCUAUUUUCAAGGCCCUGAUUAAAGAUAUGGAAAUGAAAAUUACAGAGAAAUUGUACUCACACAACAGAGAGCGAAGGUUGCUAACCUUCUCUGUACAGUUUUUGUUCUAUAAAGAAUGUAUUAUUAUUGUUAUUUUUCCGGAACGAAGGUGACACAUCAACGGACAGUGAACUUUUAAAAGGUGCGGCUUCGAUUGAGCCCCAAAGAUCGAUUUUCUGCGACAAAGCCGUUAGUAUCGUACCCACUGGCUUAGGUUUGCUAAAAUUAGUGAAUUGCAUAACAUUGACAAUUAUAUAAUUACUCUAGGUUUCUGUUACUACGUCUUAUUAACAAUUAAGCACUGAGUUGGACAAUUUAAGGCCUUCAUUUGACAUCAUACAAUGUUUUUGAUGCCUGUUAAAUUCAAUGACGAAAGCGAAGCCUUUUCUAGCAACACGUGAUCACAGCCAUCACAUGCGGAGAACACUGAAUUUUAACUAUAUAAACAGUAAAAAGUUACUUUGAUUUCCCGUUACACAACAUAUAUUAUAGGGGUUUGUUGCUUCCUCGCUGCGAUAAUGACUGCACGAUUUUUCCCAUCUUCCAACAGCGCCAGCGCUUCUUUUUUUUUACACAUAAAUAUAAAAGUACAAUUAUUUUAAAAAUUAAAAGUUCUCUUUCCUCAACAGGAAAUAACCAGGAAACCUUGAAUGACGCCAAAGCAGCCAUAAAUUUGGAACCAACUUUUAUUAAACCUAUAGUUAAAGGUAAAGGCUCUUUUCACGGUGGGUUUUGUUUGCAUUUUGGGUCAGUCUGUGUUCUAGAUAUUUUGAGUUAAUGUGAGUAAUUUCUAAGAACUAGAUUUAAUAUGUGCGGGGGAUCAAUAUGGGCGUUUACAUUGGCGAGCUGGGGGCGAGCCAUUGUAAAGCCCAUACAGAUGGCACACGAAUAUAAUGCUGAGUAGAGAUCUGUAUCAAAAGUUAAUGAAUGCUGAUUAACUGAGCUGGAGUUUUUGGGUUUGUUUUUGUUUUUCAUCAAAAGUUUUUGUUAUUUCUACUGUUAAAUAAUUCACCAACCCAUGCAGUUCAGUUGAUUUGCCUUGAGGUUUACGGAGGUGUAGAUACUACCUAUUGAUUGGGAGCUUGUUAAAGACGAUGCCAGAGCUAUUUUUCCGUUCAAAUUAGGAAAGCCGAGUGGUUAGAUUGUUAAAAAUAAUAAAGUUUGUAGUGUGUAGCGUGUAGCUGCCAGGGAAAAGCUAUUUCAGUUGGUAUUUUACUACGACACUGAUACCUAACUUCUAGAGACCGCGGCCUUGGAUUGUACAAGUUAAGGCUACCAUGAUGUUUUGUCAGAGACUUUAUCGUACCUGCGAGCGGUGGUUUCUCCAGGCCGGAUGCUGAGACACCACUGAACACAGGGUAUCAGAUUCUAGAACGAGGACGACAUAUUAUGCCCUAAAUGUUUAUUUUUUAGGAGCGAGUGCUUGUGUAAAACUUCAUCUCUACGAAGAAGCCAUAAACUGGUGUGUCAAGGGAUUGGAAGUAUCCUUUUUUGUGACAUUCUAAAGGAAUUUUAAUGAAACUAUGCAAAUGGUUUACAUUGUAAAGAAAAGCAGAUUUCGUGCUUGAUGUGUAAAUCAUUUUAUAAUUAACCAUUGUGCUGAUGUUGGCCCUGUUUCUUUCACAAAUAAUAACCAUACAAUAUUCUGGGAAAAACGAUUUUGCACAUUUAAUUAAUUUCUAGACGACAGCAAAAGACUGUCACCAACUGGCACCAAAGUCUGUUUUAAAGGUCCUUAUCAUUAGUCAGAACUCUCAGGGGCGUAGCGGGAGGUUUGAAGGUGUGCGCACGGAAAGAAAGGUUGGUCCUCCCUGCAAACCGGGGGAGGGGGGGUCUGGGGGCAUGCUCUCCCGGAAAAUUUUUCAAAUCCAGGGGCUCAGAAAUGCCAUUUUCAGAUAAUAAAUACGAAGGAAAAUGCAAUAAUUAGCUGUUUAAUCGACAUCUCUAGUGCUAUCGGUAGGGUGCAACGUUUACGGGAUAAAGGUAAAAAACAGCGACGCCUUUAAGGAGGUUACAAGCAAAGGGCGAGAUGUCUACCCUUCAGACGGGUAAAUUGAAAGAUUUAUCAAUCUAUCCCGAUCAAGAGAGCUUCCUCCUCUCGUCCCGAUUUAAUGACAAAAAUGUUUUCAGGGAAUAUAAAAUAUAAUGUAUUUUCAAGAUUUCAGCCGGUACACACGGACGUAUGUGCGUAUGUGGACGCUACGCUCCUGACUCGUCAGACCAGUCCAUUCGUGAAGAGAAUCCACUAUUAUGACUAUUAACCAGAACUCUAUCAACCAGUUCGGUCUUUUCCUAAAACUAUGCACGGUAGUGAUGUGUCCUUUCGAUAGAGAAAGCUAACGGAAAAUCCUGAUUUCAUUCUCAAGCUGAACUGCCUAGGUGUCUAGUUCUGGAUUUCAGUAAGCACCCUAGCUAGUUAAAUCGAAGAAGUCAAUUCUUCAUUCGGAAGAGUACACCAAAACAGCAAAAAUAACGUAACACAAGAAAGACCCUCUGAGAUUUUAUCAACCCCUUCCCUUGAUCUGUUGAGCCCUAGGCAAAAGUAGAAUUCUAUUACUUCUUGGUACGAAGCUUGGAUAUGUAACAAUUAACGAAUGAGGCUGAGUAUCUUUGGCGGAUAACACCCUCCGAGAUCUCCAUAAUUCUUCAUAUGAUACGAAAGCCGUAUUCAAUAAUUGUUUUAUCAUUCAGUCAAAAUAAUUGCUAGUUUAAAAACAUGGCUAAAACACGCUUACCUCCAUCGAUCCAUCGAUGUUAAGUUCAUCUUCGAUAGUGCACGUUUAUUUUUGUCCAGCUCCGCAAAUAUUCUCCAAAUAGCAGAUGUCGCCGUUCGAGUUGUCUUCUUGCUGUUCUUGUCACGUUUUUAGUUAUUUCUUCGCCUAGUUCUUACUCUUGAAACGAGUGAAAUGUCCGCCAUUUUUUCAAGAGCACAACCCAAACAACUCAACCUCGUCCCCAGGUUUUCUCGGUUAACGUGCCUUAACUUGCACGAACGUUGCAUUUUUGACGUCAUUUCCUCAUUAAACACAAAAUUCUUCCAAAUUUGGUCAUCAGAAACUGGAUAUGGUGAAUUAUGCGUGUGCUUUUAGCCAAUCAGAAUCGAGGAUUGAAUGAAUAAUAAAUCAAAUUAAUAACUACUCUUAAAUACUCUAUAAUAAGAAAAAGAAUCUAGCAAGUAAAGGUAAGAGGGUCAGGUAACAAUAACAACAACAACAACAACAAAUGGUUUCCAGAAAAUAGUGUUGCUUUGAUUUGUUUGGAUUUGCUUCAGUUUUGCUUAGAGUCAGGAGACUUCAGUUGUGAGCGUUUUUGUUCACUUCUUUGAUAUUACAUAGCUAAUAAGUAGCUGUUUUUCCCUGUGAAUGAAAUGUAAAUGAUCUGAUUCACAAUACAAGAAACUAAAUACACGAACAGCCCUUUUACACCCUCUCCACUCAGUUCUGAUUUUAUAGAGAAUGGAAGAAAAUCUUAUCCUCUAUAAAGUUAAAUAAACUUAACGUUUAAAAGAUCAACAAAGACAACCCAACCCUGCUGGCCUGUAAGACCACAGCUAUCAUUGAAAGCACUAGAAAGCAGGUAAUAUGACCUUCACAAUUACACCCGAGAAGGAGCGCCUAAUGUACUAAAAUUCUCUUUAAAACGGCUAAUUUGCCUGGGCGGGUUCGGGCUCUCUAGUUCUGCACUACUGAAAUCAUUAUUGCGUGACACCAAUGUGUCAUAGUUGGGACAGCUUCGCGAUCGGAAGAUGCAAAACCUGCUACGUAGUGCAGAAUACAGCACAGAUGUGGAGCUUUCUUAUCAUGUAUUGCAGAGCGUUCACGUGGUUCAUUAGAAUCGGCGAAUGCUGGUGCAAAAGAGAUAUUAUCAUUUUUUACCGUUUGAUAUAUUGCCCGUUUACUCAUCUCAAAUACCUCAUAUUACUUCAGACACGUUUGCUUUUAAUCAGAUUUCCUUCUAACUGUCAGCGGGUGCAAGUUCACCCCGGUUCCUUCUUGUGGCUCUGUAUUGCUUAUAGCCUGCAGAACAGGCGUUUUUGUUCGCUUUUUUGUGGCGAGUGAAGUCAAGCGCCGGAGGAGUGUUAGACACGGGCGACGCGAGAAGGCGCAGAAAAAAUGAAGCGUUAUUUUUUCUGCGCCUUCCCCAGUCGCGCGUGUCUCGAGCUCCAUUCCCGCUUCGUUCGCUCGAAAAACGCGAAAAAAACCCUCUUGUUUUGCAGGCUAUAUUCGUUUGCAUAAUAAUAGCAUGUGGCUAUGCGAUUUCGCGCCAAAAUAACCUCGAAUUGCAUUUGGGUUGCCAUACCUGUUGAUUGAGUUUUUUUAAAUUGGUAUGCCUGUGGUGUGGUGUGGACGGACGGUCGGUCGGUGUACGGUCGCGUGAUUACCAAAUUUUCGCGCCUGCUGACCGCUCUCAGUGAAUAGUAAACCAAUCAGGUAGCCGUUGUAGAACAAAAGAUAAAAUAAAUGCAUGGCAAUAAUGUAUUGUUUGUCUCUGUACUCUUUUGUUUUUACAGGGUGAAAGUUGCUUCUCACCUAAAACUAAGAAAAAAGAAGUAGAAUACAGUUUUAAAGAAGAAACCUCAGUUAAAGGUGCAAAUUAUGCUCACUGCAGCAGCGACGUCGACGAAACUAUCAGCUACUUGAAGCACGCUAUAGAGAUUGCUAAAGAAGAGGGAGAUAGAGCUGAGGAAGGGCGGGCGUAUGGAAACCUCGGUGUCGCCUAUGAACUUUUAAAAAAUUUUCCUCAAGCGAUUGAGUGCUGUAGACUCCAAUUAAGCAUUGCUGAAGAAAUGAAAAACUUGGCUCAGGAAAUUGCGGCUUGCACAAAUCUUGGCGACGUUUACUUUACUUCAGGAGACCCCAAAACAGCUAUCUAUUACUAUGAAAGACUGUUAAAAAUUGCCGAAACCUUAGAAGAGAGAAAUCUGAAAAGAAUUGCCUAUGAGCGUCUUGGGAACGCUUAUUUCAAAAACAAAGACUUCAGAAAGUCCUUAGCUUGUCACAAACUUUAUUUAAAAGGCGAAAUUGAAAUGGGCGAUAAAGCUGGAGAGGGAAAGGCAUAUAACUUACUUGGUAACGAUCAUUACUGUCAGGGAAAUUUUCAAGAGGCAGUUGACUGCUAUCGGCUUUAUUUACAAAUUUCUAAAGAGGUGAGUGACAGGGAGAAUAAAAAACUAGCUUAUUGUUUGCUUGGCAAAGCGUACCAGUGUAUCGGCAAUUUUAGGAAGGCAAUCGAAUGUCAUGAACUUCAUUUGGCUUUUGCUACAGAGCUGAAUGACAGGCUUGGACAAGUCCUGGCUUACAAUGAUCUUGGCAAUGCCUAUCAGUGUAUCGGAGAAUGCAAAAAGGCCAUCAAAUACCAGGAAAACUGUCUAAAAGUUUUCAUUAAUGAAGAAAUCGGAGAACAGUACAGGGACAUAUUGUGCUCUGCAUAUUCUUGUCUCGGCAAUGCUUAUGGCCUUCUUGGAUUUUUUAAUCAAGCUCUUGACUACUGCCAACGCUGCCUUGAAAUUUCAACAGAACUUGGAAACAGGGAAGCACAGGCAUCUGCAUAUUCUGGUCUUGGCAGUAGUUAUGUUCAUCUCGGAAAUUUCCAAAAAGCCGUAGAAUGCCACAAAUCUGAGUUAAAACUUGUUGCAAAAUUGGGAAAUAAAAAAAGAGAGGGACAAGCAAAUAGCAAUCUUGCUGUUGCUUAUUUCCAUCUGAGAGAUUUCGAAAAAGCUAUACAUUGCCUAGAGCGUCAACUCAAGGUUGCCAAAGAAGUUGGAGACGCGGAGGGAGAGCAACGCGCGUAUUCGUUACUGGGUGGCUGUUAUUAUGACCUUGGAGAUCUACAAAUUGCAUUAGAAUACCACAACCGAUCCCUGAAACUUGCUAAGCGCAUUAAAGACAGUAUCGGUACAGGGAUCGAGUAUGGACAUCUAGGGUCUGUAUACACAGAUCUUGGAGAUCCUAAAAAGGCGAAAGAAUGUCUUGAAAAGCAUUUAAAAAUUGCUCAACAGGUUGGUGACAGGGUUGGUGAGGCUAAAGCGUAUUUAUGUCUUGGUCGAAGUUUUGAAUCGACGGGUUCUCUACAAGAAUCCUGUGAAUGUUACCAGUCCAGCGUUAACAUAUUCAACGAAGUUAGGGCUUCUAUUUACCUAAAAGAUGCCUUGAAGAUUACCUUUCGCCAUAUGAACAAAAGAGCUUACACUAGAUUAUGGCUCCUACUGUUGAAACAAGGCAAGGUGACUGAGGCUUUGUUGGCAGCAAACCAAGGGCGUGCACAAGCAUUACGAGAUCUCACGAAGUUGAACUAUAGCCUAGAAGAACCUUUCACUAGUGUACAUACGCGUUCUUUGGAAGAAACCAUACUUCAGGCAUCUAGUACUAUUCCUUCAAAUGUGGCUUUCACGGCAGUUUAUGGCUAA